AUGAAAUCAUCAAUUAUCUAUUUCAUUGGUUUAGUUGCUGUUGUUGUUACAAUCGCUUCUGCUUGCAGUACCGAUCCAUACAAUUUGGGACCAGUCCCACCCAUUCUCACCGCUGACGACCUCUCUGCCGAAGAGCUUGCCUUCCACACCAACAUGAUGAAUCUUACCAUUCAAGUCACCAAGCAAUACAACACCACAGUUCUCUUCUCUGCUUUGAUCGCCCACAAGAACGGUUCAAUUCUCUGCACCGGUAUCAACAAACAAAAGGACGGUCUCCACCUCCACUCUGAAAUGGUUGCCAUCAUGAACUGUACCGAUAAGCUCAGGGCAUUGGGUGUCAAGCCAAAUUUCAGCGACUACUAUUUAUACUCAACUGGUGAAUCAUGUUCCAUGUGUACAGGUGCUAUGUCAUGGACUGGUUUCUCUAAGAAUAUCUUUGCUUCAUCCAAUAGACACUUGUAUUGCGAAAAAUGUUUGGGAGAGCAAUUGUUACCAUCCAACUUGAUUGCCUAUGCCAACGGUUGGAACCAAACUUCCUUGAGAAUCAUUGGUGGUAUUCUUUCAAACUACACCGAUAAUCAACUCUUCAAGAGCUACUGUAACAAUGCUUCAUCACCAUACAGAGUCGAACCAAAGUGCAAUGCUGACUACAGCCCAACCUGCAAGGCCAACUCUGCCACCUCCUCCGUUGCUUCAUUCGGUUUGGUUUCAUUGGUUGCCGGUGUCAUUUCUUUAUUAAUCUAA